AUGGAUUCGCAGGGGCUGAAGACUUUGAUUAAUUACUAUUGUCAGGAGAAAUAUUUCCAUCAUGUAUUACUUACUGCCAGUGAAGGAGUUAAGAGGUAUGGCAGUGACCCAGUCUUCAGGUUUUAUCAUGCCUAUGGUACAUUAAUGGAAGGUAGAACUCAAGAAGCUCUUCGGGAAUUUGAGGCUAUUAAAAAUAAACAAGAUGUAUCACUUUGUUCUCUAAUUGCACUGAUAUAUGCCCAUAAAAUGAGUCCUAAUCCAGAUAAAGAAGCUAUUCUGGAAUCAGAUGCCAGAGUAAAAGAGCAGCGUAAAGGAGCUGGGCCAAAAGCUCUGUACCACGCAGGCUUAUUUUUAUGGCACAUUGGUCGUCAUGAUAAGGCGAGAGAAUAUAUUGACAGAAUGAUCAAAAUGUCAAAUGGCAGUAAAGAGGGACAGGUUUUGAGAGCAUGGCUUGAUAUCACAAGAGGAAAAGAACCUUAUACUAAAAAAGCACUAAGAUAUUUUGAAGAGGGAUUACAAGAUGGAAAUGAUAUUUUUGCUCUGCUGGGUAAGGCACAAUGCCUUGAGAUGCGCCAGAAUUAUUCAGGUGCUCUGGACACUGUGAACCAGAUAAUAGUGAACUUUCCGAGUUUCCUUCCUGCUUUUGUAAAGAAAAUGAAACUACAGCUCGCCUUACAGGAUUGGGACCAGACUGUUGAAACAGCACAGAGGUUAAUGCUUCAAGAUAAUCAAAAUGUGGAAGCUCUAAGAAUCCUGGCUCUUUACUAUUUGUGUAGGGAGGGGGACAUAGAGAAGGCUGCCACCAAGCUGGAAAACUUAGAAAAUGCAUUGGAUGCCACGGAACCACAAAAUGCUCAACUUUUUUAUAAGAUCACAGUAGCCUUCAGCAGAACUUGUGGACGAAGUCAACUCAUUCUUAGAAAAGUUCAGACAUUACUACAACGAGCUCUUGCUUUAAACCCUGAGCAAUCAGAAUUUGCUACAGAACUUGGAUACCAAAUGAUUUUACAAGGAGACAUGAAAGAAGCAUUGAAGUGGUAUAAUACCGCCAUGAAACUGGAUGAAACUAGUGUCCCCGCACUAAUUGGAGUUAUCCGAUGUCAAUUAAUAGAAGGGCAGUUACAGGAUGCAGAUCAGCAGCUCGAAUUCCUUAGUGAAAUUCAGCAGUCUAUUGGAAAAUCUGCGGAAUUAAUUUAUUUACAUGCAAUUCUUGCUAUGAAGAAAAAUAAGCGACAAGAAGAAGUUAUUAAUAUGUUAAAUGAUGUUCUGGACACUCAUUUUUCACAUUUAGAAGAUUUACCACUUGGCAUACAAUAUUUUGAGAACUUAAAUCCUGAUUUCUUACUAGAAAUUAUUACAGAAUAUCUGAAUUUUUGCCCAAUGCAGCCUGCAAGUCUUGGGCAACCUCUUUCUCCACUUCUCAGACGUUGUACCUCAAUCCUGGAGACUAUAGUAAGAACUGUACCAGGUCUACUGCAAGCUGUCUUCCUUAUAGCAAAAGUGAAAUAUUUAUCAGGUGACAUUGAAGCAGCUUAUAAUUACCUGCAGCAUUGCCUAGAACACAAUCCUUCUUAUGCAGAUGCGCAUCUCCUGAUAGCUCAGGUUUAUUUGUCUCAGGAAAAAUUCAAAUUGUGUUCUCAGUCACUUGAACUUUGCCUGAGCUAUAAUUUUAAGGUGAGAGAAUGCCCUUUGUAUCAUUUGAUAAAAGCUCAGUCACAAAAGAAAAUGGGAGAAAUAGCAGAAGCAGUUAAAACCCUGCAUAUGGCAAUGAGUUUACCAGGAAUGAGGAGAAUUGGAGCUUCCUCAAAAUCAAAACACAGAAAAACUGAAGUUGAUGCAAACCAUCGUUUAUCAAUCUUUCUUGAGUUGGUAGAGGCUCACCGCUUAAAUGGAGAACAGCAUGAGGCAGCGAAAGUUAUACAAGAUGCCAUCCAUGAAUUUUCUGGGACAUCUGAAGAAUUGCGUGUUACUAUUGCUAAUGCAGACCUAGCUCUGGCCCAGGGGGAUGUUGAGCGAGCUUUAAGUAUGCUUCGGAAUGUUACCGCUGAACAGCCUUAUUUCAUAGAGGCCAAAGAAAAAAUGGCAGAUAUUUAUCUGAAGCACAGAAAAGAGAAAAUGUUAUAUAUUACUUGUUACAGAGAAAUUGCUGAGAGAAUGCCCAGCCCUCGUUCUUUUCUUCUCCUUGGUGAUGCAUACAUGAAUAUACAAGAGCCAGAAGAAGCCAUAAUAGCGUAUGAGCAAGCAUUAAAUCAGAAUCCCAAAGAUGGAACACUGGCAAGCAAAAUUGGGAAAGCACUUGUCAAAACUCACAACUACUCAAAGGCAAUCACUUACUAUGAAGCCGCUCUGAAAAGUGGACAACAAAAUUAUCUUUGCUAUGACCUGGCUGAGCUUUUAUUAAAAUUGAAAUGGUAUGACAAAGCAGAAAAAGUUCUUCAACAUGCUCUAGCUCAUGAGCCUGUAAAUGAACUGUCAGCUCUCAUGGAGGAUGGACGUUCUCAUGUUCUCCUAGCAAAAGUUUAUAGUGAAGUGGAAAGACCUGGUGAUGCCAUAGCUUCAUUACAACAGGCUCGAGAAUUACAAUCUCGGAUACUAAAACGUGUUCAGAUGGAACAGCCAGACGCAGCUUCUGCACAGAAGCAUUUAGCAGCUGAAAUUUGUGCAGGGAUUGCCAAACAUUCUGUUGCUCAGCGAGACUAUGAAAAAGCAAUUAAGUUUUAUAGAGAGGCUCUUGUUCAUUGUGAAACAGAUAAUAAGAUCCUGUUGGAGCUGGCUCGAUUGUACCUGGCACAGGACGACCCUGAUGCCUGCCUGCGGCACUGUGCGCUGCUUCUCCAGAGUGACCAGGACAAUGAAGCUGCCACCAUGAUGAUGGCAGAUCUCAUGUUCAGGAAACAGGACUAUGAACAAGCAGUGUUUCAUUUACAGCAGCUUUUAGAACGCAAACCAGAUAAUUACAUGACAUUAUCUCGUUUAAUUGAUUUCCUGAGAAGAUGUGGAAAACUUGAGGAUGUUCCAAGAUUUUUCUUAAUGGCUGAAAAACGUAACUCCAGAGCAAAAUUGGAGCCGGGAUUUCAGUACUGUAAAGGACUAUAUCUUUGGUAUACUGGAGAACCAAAUGAUGCCCUUCGACACUUUAAUAAAGCUCGGAAAGACAGUGACUGGGGCCAAAAUGCCCUUUAUAAUAUGAUAGAAAUCUGUCUGAAUCCAGAUAAUGAAACUGUUGGAGGUGAAGUAUUUGAAAAUCUGGAUGGAAACCUAGGGAAUUCAACUGAGAAGCAAGAGUCUGUGCAAUUAGCAGUGAGAACAGCAGAAAAACUCCUUAAAGAACUAAAACCUCAGACCAUUCAGGGUCAUGUACAGCUUCGCAUAAUGGAAAACUAUUGCCUAGUCGCUACCAAACAGAAGUCUAAUGUUGAACAAGCAUUGAAUACUUUCACCGAAAUAGCAACAUCUGAGAGGGAUCAUAUUCCAGCACUUUUGGGAAUGGCAACAGCUUAUAUGAUCUUGAAACAGACUCCAAGGGCCAGAAACCAGCUGAAGCGGAUUGCGAAAAUGAACUGGAAUCCUAUUGAUGCUGAGGACUUUGAGAAGAGUUGGUUGCUGCUUGCUGAUAUUUAUAUUCAAUCAGCAAAAUACGACAUGGCAGAAGAGCUAUUAAAACGGUGCCUGCGUCAUAAUAGGUCUUGCUGCAAAGCUUAUGAAUACAUGGGAUACAUUAUGGAAAAAGAGCAAGCAUAUACAGACGCUGCCUUAAACUAUGAGAUGGCAUGGAAACAUGGCAAUCAGACAAAUCCAACAGUAGGAUACAAAUUGGCAUUCAAUUACUUAAAAGCAAAAAGAUAUGUGGAUGCAAUUGACGUAUGUCACCAGGUUCUUGAAGGACAUCCAACUUAUCCAAAAAUCAGAAAGGAUAUACUUGAUAAGGCCCGCAUGUCUUUGAGACCUUGA